AUGCCUCCCUUCGCAAAGCCCGAGACCGUGCUCAAGCGCUCCGAGGAGCUCAUCAAUGUCGGCCAACACCAGGCCGCUUUGGCCGCCCUCAACGAGAUCUUCACCUCGCGACGAUUCAAGCAGACGCCUCUCCCCUCGCUUGAACCGAUCAUGAUCCGCUUCGUCGAUCUCUGCGUCGACCUCAAAAAGGGAAGGAUGGCAAAGGAGGGUCUCAUGCAGUACAAGAACGUCUCCCAAAACACCAACGCCCAGUCCAUCGAGCUCGUCAUCAAGCACUUUAUCAAGCUCGCCGAUGCCAAGGUCGUCGAGGCUCAGUCCAAGGCCGACGCUGCCGUCGGCGAGAUUGACGUCGAUGAUCUCGAGGAAUCAGAGACGCCCGAGAGCAUGCUCCUCGGCUCCGUCAGCGCAGACCAGAACAAGGACCGCACCGACCGCGUCCUCGUCACCCCCUGGCUCAAGUUCCUCUGGGAGGCUUACCGAACCGCCCUCGAUAUCCUCCGCAACAACGCCCGUCUCGAGGUGCCCUACCAGCAGAUCGCCAACCAGGCGCUCAAGUUCUGCCUCCAGUACGAGCGCAAGACCGAGUUCCGUCGUCUCUGCGAGGUGCUUCGCCAGCACCUCCAGAACGUCGCCCGCUACUCGCACCACGCCCACGCCAUCAACCUCACCGACCAGGACACCCUCCAGCGUCACCUCGACACCCGCUUCGCUCAGCUCAACGCAGCCGUCGAACUCGAGCUCUGGCAGGAGGCCUUCCGCUCCGUCGAGGACAUCCACAACCUCCUCACCAUGGCAAAGAAGGCUCCUCGUCCCGCCAUGAUGGCCAACUACUACGAGAAGCUCGCUCGCAUCUUUAUGGUUUCGGACAACAACCUCUUCCACGCCGCUGCCUGGAACCGCUACUACGCUCUCGCCCGUUCCAUCGCCAAGUCCGACGAGGAGAACACCCGCAUGGCCUCGUACGUCCUUAUCAGCGCCCUCGCUGUGCCCGUCAUCUCGUCCAACGCUCCCGGCACUGGCAACCUCAACAAGUCCAAGUCCGACUUUUUGCAGGGCGACCAGGAGGGACGCAGCCGCACCGGUCGUCUCACCUCGCUCCUCGGUCUCAGCCGCACCCCUACCCGUGCCGGUCUGCUCAAGGAGGCUCUCAACCGUGACAUUCUCAAGAAGGCCCGCCCCGAGCUGCGCGAGCUCUACAACAUCCUCGAGGUCGAGUUCCACCCGCUUUCCAUCUGCGCCAAGAUCGAGCCCAUCCUCGCCUCCAUCUCGCAGGACCCCGAGAUGGCCAAGUACGUCAAGCCCCUCCACUCGGUCGUCUUGACCCGUCUCUUCCAGCAGCUCAGCCAGGUGUACGACGCCGUCAAGCUCUCCAAGGUCAUGCAGCUCGUCUCGGCUUUCAAGGCUCCCCACAGCUACACCGCUGCCGAGAUCGAAAAGUUCUGCCUCAACGCCUGCAAGAAGGGUCACCUCAACAUCCGCAUCGACCACGUCGCCCAGGCCAUCACCUUCCAGGACGACGUCUUCUCCACCGACGCUCACCCUUCCGCAUCCACCUCCUCGGAAGCCGACAAUGUUCGACUGCAGGCUACCCCAUCCGAGCUGGUGCGCACCCAGCUCAGCCGACUCGCAACCUGCCUCGACACAACGCUCAAGACCAUCGACCCCAGCAUUCUCGCCAACGCCGAAGCUGCCAAGCGCGACGUCUUUGCGCGUGCCGUCGCUGCUGCCGAGGACGAGCACAAGGCUGCCAUCGCCCGCAAGGCGCUCCUCGCCCGUCGCAAGGAGUUGCUCGAGGAGAUGGCCACUCGCAAGGAGCGCGAGGAGUCUGCCGCGCGUGCCGAGCGUGCGCGUGCCGCCGCCGAGGCCGAGCAGAAGCGCAUCGCCGAAGAGCAAAAGAAGCGCGAACAGGACCGCAUCACCAAGGAGCUCGAGGCGGUGCGCAUCGAAGAGGCCAAGAAGAUGGCCAAGUCGUUGCAGGAGCGCGGCGGUCUCAAGCUUUCCGAGGAGGAGCUCGCCAACAUGGACACCAACAAGCUGGUCCAGAUGCAGGUGGAGCAGAUCGAAAAGGAGAAGAGGGAGCUCGCCGAGCGUCUGCGUCUCAUCCACCGCAGGAUGGACCACCUGGAGCGUGCCUACCGUCGCGAAGAGGCUCCGCUGCUGUCGGCCGACUACGAGCGCCAGAAGGAGGAGGAUCUCAAGUACCACAAGGCUGCCCGCAUCACGCUGCUGCAGACCUCCAAGGAGAAGCACGCUGCCGACCUCGAAGUCAAGAAGCGCCUCACCAAGAUCCUCCCCGACUACCAGCAGCUUCGUUCCAUCAUCGAAGACAAGCGACGUGGCGAGUUUGAAGAGCGACGACGCAAAGCCACAGAGCAGAUUGAGCUCGAGAAGGAGAAGCGUCGUCAGCAGGUUCGCGAGGAGAGGAGACGCGAGCGCGAGGAGGCCGAAGAGGCCGAGCGUCGUCGUGCCGAAGAGGAGGAGGAGGAGCGUGCUCGUGCCGAAGAGGAGGAGCGUCUGGCAGAGCAGCGUCGCGUGGAAGAGGCAGAGCGUGUCGAGUUGGAGGCCAAGAAGCGCGCCGAGAUCGAGGAGCGUAUGGCCAAGCUGCAGGCUACGGCCGACAAGCAACGACAGCGUGAGGAGGAGGCUGAGGCGAACCGUCGCGCACGUGCUGCUGCGGGUGGUGCUCCCGAGGCCUCGGCCAGACAGGAAUCACCCGUUGCGGGUGGUGGAUGGCGUCGUGCCGGUGCAAGCCCCGCGCCCGCUGCUGCCGCUCCUGCGCAGGCCGAAUCGCAACGUCCUUCCAUCUUUGGCGCGGCUCGCGCUGGUGCUGGUGGUGGAUGGCGCGAACGCGAGGCUGCCAGGAAGGCCGCUGGUGGCGAUAGCGCCGCCCCCGCCCCUCAGGCCGCUUCCCCCGCUGCUUCGCCUGCUCCUGCUGCUGCUCCUGCUGCUGCUCCUGCUGCUGCUGCCGCUCCCGCUUCAUCGGGCGCGUACCGACCUGGUGCUCUGCGCGGAGCAGGUGGUGGAGGCUGGAGAGACCGUGAAGCAGCCAAGAACGCUGCUGGUGGCGCUGCUACCCCUCCUCCUCCUGCUGCUGCUCAGGCUCCCGCUGCCGACAACGAUGGAUUUACCGAGGUCAAGAAGAGCGUCUACCGUCCUCCCGGUCGUCGUGCCUGA